AUGCAAAACUUCUACGAAUCAAUACCAAAAAUGUGCGUUGCAAGUCCUAGUGGAUCGGGGAAGUCAAACACCGUGCUGUAUAUAAUAGCGCUUCUGAGCAAAUGCUUUACCAAGGUCGUAAUAUGCACAAAAACAAAUGAAACUCUCUACGAUCAUCUUCAAGACACUAGCGAUAAUGUCCAGGUGAUCGAGGAAGGCCAAGUUUGUGCAAUGACUGCAUUUGACUCUGAGACUAGCAAGUUGAUUAUUUUCGAUGACUUAGUGAUGGAGCCAAAACGAACUCAAGCUCAGAUCUCACAGUACUUCAUCCGAGGACGAAAGCAAGGCUGGUCAAUGAUUUACAUUUCACAGAGCUACUUUGGUAUUCCAAAGACUAUUCGAAUCAACUCUCAAUAUGUGAUACUCGGUCGAAACCUAACACAGAGAGAUCUUGGGAUCAUAUGCCGCGACUUCCCUACUGACAUACCAAUUAAAACCUUCAUCGAUCUAUACAAACGAACAACAUCAGAGAAAAUGAGCACGAUGAUGAUGGAUAUCAUCAAUCGAAAGAUUUAUAAAAACGUUAUCGAACCGAUUUGCGAUUUGUAA